AUGCCUCCCCUAUCACUCGCCCGAUCAGCAACACGGCUUCUACGCUCCCUCACUCAUAACCAGCCCCGGCCAAUUCCCAAUAGGAGGCCCUUCUCGGUCGCCUCAAUCAGAUCCCAAACGCUUCUCCAGCACCUGCAGGAACGAGAACUCGUCGAGUCAGUUACAGGCACCUCUGGGGACCUUGAAAACCUGAUCGAAUCGAACCCCAUAACUACGUAUGCCGGUGUCGACCCAACCGCGAAUUCGCUCCAUGUCGGGCACCUCCUUCCUCUCAUGAACCUGCUCCAUUUCUACCUCAAUGGCCACCAUUCUAUCGCACUCGUUGGGAAAGCUACCGCAUCGGUCGGAGAUCCAUCCGGGAGGACUACGGAGCGUGAUUCUGUAGAAUCGCAGAGGCUACAGAAGGCGUUCGAUUCAAUAUGGCGGCAGAUCGAUGGAUUCUUUGAAAGCGCAAAGAAGCACGCAUUACUUAGAGGGUAUAGCGAGGAGAAACUGGGGAAGAGAGAAUUGGUUACGAACGGAGAGUGGUUAGAAGGGCUAGGAUUUGUAGAGUUUUUGAGUACUGUUGGGAGACAUGUUAGAGUCAGUCAGAUGCUGGCGCGAGAGAGUGUAAAGGGCCGAAUGACGACCGGACAAGGAAUCAAUUUUGCAGAAUUCACAUACCAGCUAUUACAAAGCUAUGAUUUCUGGCACCUGCACAAUAAGAAAAACUGCCGUCUACAGAUUGGUGGAAAUGAUCAAUUUGGCAACAUAACCGCCGGAAUUGAUCUAAUAACUAAACUACGUGUCCCCACAACCCCAGAAACGCCUAGUACCACUCCAAACAAAUUCGACCCCGCGUACGGACUAACAGUCCCGCUCCUUACCACACCCUCAGGUGCUAAAUUCGGUAAGACGGCCGGGAACGCCGUAUGGCUUGAUCCAACCCUCACCUCCCCCUUCGAGCUUUACCAGUUCUUCGUACGCCUUCCCGACGACGUGAUAGGGAAGUAUCUAAAGAUGUUUACACUGCUGCCUCUGAGCACUGUCAGCAGUGUACUUGAGGAGCACCUUACGAGCCCCGAGAAACGUCGCGCUCAGCAUUUGCUCGCCAGUGAAGUUGUAAUGCUGAUCCAUGGAGGAGAAGAGGCGAAGCGUGCCGAGUUGCAGACGAAACUGUUGUUUCCGGCGCCUGGAGAGACGAUGAAGGUUUCUGCGAGAGAGAUCCUGCAGCUCCCAGGUGUGGUGGAGGUGCCUAGGAGUGAGGUGGUGGGUGAGUUGGUGACGAAGGUUGCAAGGAGGAUUGGGGUGUGUAAAAGUAAGGGCGAGGCAGAUAAUGUAGUGCGAGGCGGAGGUUUGUAUGUGGGAUUGGGGAGUGAAAAGGUAAUGGAUACAAAGGCGAAGGUAGAGGAAGAGUGGUUGGUAGAUGGCGAAGUGUUGCUUGUAAGGUUUGGAAAGGGUAAGUUUUGUGUGGUAAAAGUGAUUUGA